UUUGAUAAAGAGGUGUUGGUAAAUUCAUAACAGAAAAGGUCGCCGUACAGCAUAUGGCACGCAUGUCUGGGUCGUGGGUGACAUGACAUUGCAUCGGCAGGCUGAUGUGAUGCAUAGGUAACUUGACCUUCGUUAUGUGAAUUGCGUUGGAAGAAUUCGGGUCGAAGAAUUUCUUAUACGGACGCCGCUUGACACCCUGUGCACAAACCCUAUGUAGGCAAGUAUGAGACUGGUCUGAAAAAUUGGUGCUUUUCCUUCUUCCGUUGGAAGUUUGAUAAAGAAAAAGGAAGGAACGCCGUGCACUCCUGCAAAGUUUGAGGUGAGCAUCUACAGAAUCCUGAGGUGACCCCAGCAGGGAUGGCAGGGAGUCACGCAUCAACCGUCCGCUCCUUAUACAAGCACAUCCUCCUCCUUCAUCGGAGACUACCGCUGGACAUGAAGGCUGUAGGAGACGAGUAUGUGAAGGCGGAGUUUCGGAGGCACAAGACGGCAAAUGAGGAGGAGGUGAAAAAGUUCAUGGACGAGUGGCAGAAUUAUGUGGCAGUUCUCCAAGACCAGCUCCAACAUUCUGACGCUAGUAAACCCAGCGUCGGGCAGCACUUGCCGGAGGAAAAACUGGACAGCCUGAGUGAUGAACAGCUUGGACAGUUGUAUGAACUGCAGAAGGAGACAGCCAAGCCUAAUCCCUUCACGCCUCCAGAGGGCUCUUUGUGACCUCCCCGGGCAAGGUCAGUGCUCUUGGUGGACAGAGCAGAAGGGUAGAAUGAAAGGAGAUUUGGGAUUUCGUGUGACUGCCGUCCCUUCCACAUUUCAGAGUGGAUUAAUACCGCAGAGGUUAAAACAAGCAUUUGAUGAACUUGGCUCAGGUGUAAUCUUUGUUUUGGCUUCACCCCAGCCACUUCAAAUUUCACUCUGAGAAAAUAUCCUGUGCUUAUUACCGCAUAGACAUGACAACAGAGGUCAGUUUACUGGUGAGCAAUAUUUCAUUUCAAGGAAAUGCGAACGAAUCCUCGGUGUCUUUCACGCAAAGGAUGUCAGCGUACUUGUCUGGCAGACUAAGGACAAGGCUUGUAAUUUUGCAGAGUCAUGUUUUGAGUUGUGCAGAAAUUCAGCAUCCAGGGCAUGCUCUCAUUCAGCGGAUAGCUGUUAUGCAACGUUACGACCAGAACUGAUGUAUCAUAGCAACCGUGCAUGUGCAUCAUGUCAACACUAGCAUGCACUUCACAAAAUUACCAAGAAACAAACUGCUCUUCCAAAAAUCCACCUUUCGAUGCGUCUUUGGAAUUGACCUUCUUUAUUUCUUUCUUUAAAAUUACAGUUUGUCUGAAAGAAUUGUUCCAAAGGGAGUUUAAUCCAAUUCCAUCUUCAAACCAAUCAUGCUCUUCAAUAACAAUUUUGUCAGUUACUUUAUUGACAGCUGCAGUGGAGGUCUGUACCUUGAAUUUUGACACUCUCUUUAUCUGUGAGUAGCCUAUACAUCAAGACCACUUCUGUCCUCCAUUCUGACAGGUGAUCAAGUUAAUUUGAAUGUUAACGCAGGUCAGGGUUUUAGCUACCAAUUGAAACUUUGAAAAUGGGGUGUACCCAAUGCUGUUUCCCCCUCGAAGUGAAAAACGAGACAUCCUUGUUCCCACGGUGUUAUUGCUUGAAGCAUUUGUAUGCAUGUCUGAAAUUGCAAAAGGAGGUAUCCAAAUCACCCUGCAGAAGACUUGGAUCGUACUCCUUGGUUAAAACGAUGACGCGUGCACACACUAUGGGGAUUCCACUCUCACCUGCCAGUCAGACUGCAGAGAAUUCAGAGUGUUACUAAGUGCAUAACAUUCCUCUGAAAUCACAGAUGCUGUUGGGGCUUUUUUCAGGGGCAAAGCGAGCCUCAUGACCAGGAGGCUCGACAAAGAGUCUGAGUCUGAGCAGAACUCUUGUCAAGCCUCACAGUUUUGCCAUUGUAGGCAAAGUACCUACUGUUGAUGAUUUCCAAUUGCAGCAUUGCGUGUUUUGUGACAAAAUCAAAGCCUGUGAUCCUGUGAACUGGCAGCUGUGAUAUGUAGAAAGCUUCUUUUUUCAAAAGUGAAACUCCAAAGAAUCGAGAGUGCCGUAGAGGAUUAUUAGACCCCCGCAACCCUCCGCUUUCCAUCAUUGGUUAUUCAAAAACAUGUACUUUGUUCCUGGUCAAGGGCCGCAUUUGAAAAAUUUGACGUCAACCAGUAUAGCACGUGUAAGUGUAGAAACCACUAUCUAUACUGGCUACAACUGCAUAUAGGCACAGGUGUACAUGUACCUGCCAGUCACAGCCAAAACACUUGGACACUGCCUUACCUAUAGUUACAUUUUAACUGAGUCACAGGCCACCAAGGCUGUCAAGUACCGGUAUGUGAUUUAACAAAAAAGGAAACUUUACCCAUAGGUAGGGGGCCUACAGGUAUUUUAGCACUAGUUGAUCAUGUGCAUGUAUAUUCUCAAGCAAAAGACUUCUUUUGAUAUAUAAAAAUGGGAAUUUCUCUCAGCAUUUCAUCAAAUAUAUUUUUAACCUGAAUCAAGACUCUGCAGAGUGUUUAUAAGAUUACACAGCUUACAUGUAUUACUUGGACUAAGACAUACAUGUACAAUACACGCACAUUGAUUUCGGAAACGAUGAUAAAUGCUUCCGUUAUUAUGAAUGCAGCAAAGUUUUCUUGCGAAACUCGAGUAAUACUGUCGUUUUGAUAUUGGUAAUUUUUCUUAAUAUUUUCAAUCACAAGUUACAGUGAUUUCUUGAAUAGAAUGAAUAAAUUAAUUAAAAAAGAGUUUCUUAAAGUCAUGUCAAAGCCCCUGUGAAAUUAUUCUGUCGGUAGACUAGACUCGUUAGUACUUGUUGGAGGAUAUAGGAGCAAAAGUGAGCAUGAAUCUUAUAUCGCAGAGCAUUUGCAGACAAAAUUGGACAAGUUCAGAAAUGUUCUGCUGCUGAGAAUUUGUAGUGCAAACAUUUGCUAUGACCUCAGAGAUUCACUCUUGCAUUCCCAAUCAUACGAAGUAUGAGUUAGUCUAGCCUCAUGUUUUAGUAAAUAAAUUUUUUAAUUACCAUACCGCCUUAAGGAAA